AUGAAGGCUCUUUUGUGGAGUAUAACGUUGCUGUCGUUACUGUCACACGUACUUUGCGACUGUCAGAAUGACUGCGUCACCUGCAACAAGCGCUUGUAUCAGCAGGACAACUUCGACACUCUGGUUUGCAUUGUGGAGUGUGAAGGAAAGAUCUACUCAAGUUCCAUGUGGGGUGUAUGCAAAACAGUUCUUAUAAAGUCAUCGAUAAGACUCAGCAUGGACAGUUUCGAAGAAGACUUUAAACCCUUCAACGUGGAAGACAGCCAGCUUACCGGCGACUUCAAGCGACUGAGCGAUCUCACAAAAGUGGUUGAUUUAAGUAAAAUUAAGGAUGAGAAAAGAUUAUCUAAAAUUAGUAACCUGAUCCAUGAGCAAGGAGAAGAAGAAGAUACCAGCAUUGAUGGUGGAGAAACCGCUCUGGGGAUGAGCGCCGGCACUGAUGAACUUGGGGACUUGCAGGAUCCUACAAAUGCCAUGGCUAAGCGAUUUGGCGGUUUUGUAAAAGGCAAAUAUAGCUACCGGAAAUUCAUGGGUCCAUCAAAAGAUCUUCAGAAGCGUUAUGGAGGCUUCAUUGGUGUUCGAAAGUCAGCCCGGAAAUGGAACAAUCAGAAGAGGUUUAGUGAGUUUCUAAGGCAGUACUUGGGGAUGUCCACACGUUCUGUGGACUAUGACAGCUUCACCAAUGAUAUGAAUGAACUGAACGAGCAAAAUGAAAUCUAA